CCGGAUCACGUCAACUCUGGCUGCCACUUGGAACCGUAACCUCUGCUUCUUGCAGCGGAUUAUCAAUGGGAAGGCGCCACGUCACUGUAGAUGCUUCGCUGCUCCUCCCGGGACAUUGUCGUGUUGCAGGAGAUACCUCGCUGGCCUUCUAUGGGCAAUGCCACGUCAGCAAGUGUACCUCGCUCUCUCUGCUUGAGAGUGCGAUGUCAGCACCUUUGCAUGGCUUCUUGCCAGAAAAGGAGAAAUACAAUGGCAAUAUGCCUGCCACAUCAGCAGGCAGCUGCCAAUACCAGAACCACACUGAUGUUCACGUCGACAUCUGCAACUUCUCUGCACUGGCGCCAUUUCAGCAGCUGGUGUCGACGGAUCUACAAUCCCUCAAUGAAGUUUACGAAAAGCAUGUGGCGCUCUUCAAUUUCACGAACAAAAACAGGUAUUUACCUCUGAACGAAAAGAGGAAAUGGGUGAUGGACAAGCUCAGGGAAAUGGAAAGCAUACCUGGCACAGAUCCGGACGUCUCUUACCACAAAAGAGCUUCCAAAACUAGAGAAGAGGAUAGCCUCCAUAUCGACGGAUCUCUGAAGCGCGAACCCGAAGAAUUAGAAAGGGAAACAUAUACUAGCGCUACGGGGAAAAGAAAACAACAGUCGGUAGGACUGGCAAGUGCCCUACCAGCAGAUAUGGAAACGGAUGGAAGUGAACAUUCCAAGCAAUCCAACAAUGUGCAGGGAGAAGGCAGAGUGCUGCCAAAUGUCAAAACAACAACAAUCAGGGAGGAUUCUUCCCAGCGCGACAAAGCGGCAGGCCUGGAAGAAGGGGAGGAGGACAUGGACUGCUCCCUAACCCCAGGAAGGGGUAGAAAAAGGGAUAGAGCAGAGGAAAACGCAUCCCAGUCCUCCAAGGAAGAAGGUGAAAAACAGUCUGAAAAGGACGACGAGGGAUCAAAUGAUGAGUGGAAGGAGGACGACGAGGGAUCAGAUGAUGAGUGGAAUGAGGACGACGCGGAUAUGAAGGAGGAUGACGAGGAUUCCUUGGAAUACGUACAUCAGUACGUCAGAUCGCUGGAGAGGGCAAGGACAGUGGAAUUCGAAGUAAGACUGACCCAUCACAAACACCGCCGAAAUCUCAGAGCAGUGACGACAGCGGCCAAUGACAUAUGCACGAAAAAUAGGUUUGAGUUGCCGGAGACGGAAAGGGAGAUCAAUGGAUUUUAUGCAGCACAAUUCGGGCUGAAAACGAAGGUAGAAAAUGAUGAAAUCCAAGUGGAUCUAAGCAGCUAUGCACAACACUUCGAAUGGUCCAAAUCCUACGAGGAGAAAUACGCAGAAAAGAGAGUCAAAAAGCAAAGGAACACAACAGGUAACUCAAAGACAGAGGAACAAACGGAUCAGACCACAUCGGACUCAGAAUCGGUGGAUGAACUCAACAGACAGACAACCAUUCUCGAAGCACAGGUCAAUGCCCUGCGGGAUCAGAACAGGGAAUUAGAUGAGAACUGUCUAAAUCUCAAAGACAUUGCCACAGGGUACAACAGGGAAAUAGAGGCAGCGGCCAGACUCGACACUCGUUCCAAUCCCAAACGGCGUACAAUAAUCCCGUACAGAUGGAACAACAAAUACGAAACCUGGGAAAUUGCAUACCAUAAAUCCAUGGCCCUGCUAACAGUCAUAGACCAGGACUGUACGCAACAACACCUAAAAGAGAGGAUAUCUGAUGCAGUCCUAUCUAGAGCGCACAUUCUGGGAACCAAGAAGGAAGCAAGAGAAGAAUGGAAGGACCAGGAGGGCAGUUUGAUGUGGGCAGAUCUCAGACCCAUGAUUCUAUAACUUGAGGAAAAGGCAACUCUUAACGACGACCUGUGUUGGGUUCCAUGGCAGGUAGUGGAAGCAAUACCCUAUGGACUGCUAGGGGGGAACUGAGUCGCAGAAAGAGCAGCCUUCAGCCGCUCGUUAGUCACAGCGUAUGGCAUUUUCCAGAUGUCACCUAGGCAGCUUGGAAUGAAGUUGAUGGGGUCAAUUUCAACUGGGAGGGACAUAGGCCCUACUAGCUCUUAAACGGCGCUGGUAGCAUGGGAAUAGUCACGGGAUCAAGUUGACUGGGACAAUGGGGGACUCCAACAGGAGCGUGCAAGCACCCCCCAUACACAUAAAGUUUGGUCUCCGCAAAAGAGAACCGAAUCUGAAGAUUAUCUCGUGGAAUGUAAACGACAUAUCCUCACUCCUCAGUAAUCAAAGCAAGUGGGAUAA